CCUUUUCUAUUCUGAAAGGUUUGUACUAUUUCAGUCUAUGCUGUACUAGUGAAGUAUUUUUUUAGAAGUGCUUAGUUUGGUAAUUAUCUAAAGCUCGUCAGACCAUUUAUUUUUUAGGGUUAUGUGUCUUAUCUACCAAAUGGUUGAGGGUUUCCUAAAAUUCAGAUUCUGUUUUACAUGAUAACUGAAAUAAUUUCAGUUUAGAGCAAUGAAAGCGGAAGGAAGAUUUUAUUGGGGGGGGGGGGCAUCAUCAUCCAGUGUAGAAAUAUACUUUGAAUUUAGAAUAUUACAUUUUUUCUCCCAGAAGAAACUCUAGAUGGGGUAAAUCGUGUUUUUCCCCUAGCAGAUUCUUGUUGGGAUUGUAAUGCCUGGACUUGGUUUGACUACGCAGUAGGCUGAAUGGAAUUAGGUAGAUCAGUGUAUUUAAACCGCUCAGGCGCAGCAUCCAGUUUACUAAAUGUCUUGACCCUUCAUUAAAAAGGUACUGUCUGGAUGACAAGUGACACCAGCCUUUCACAUUUUAAUCAGGGCAACAUCAACUGGGAUGCAAGCAUGAAAAUAUGUUGCCUUCCUUUUUUACCAUUUUACAGAUCAGGUCCUGUGUUGAGCCUAGCCCAAUUGUUUGUUAGGAGACCGCAGUAACAUGAAGUCAGUAAGAUCUGAUUUUGAUGGGCGCUUGACCUGAACAGUGCUCCUAUAAUGUCAAGCCGCCCUACAUAGAUACAUUGUAGUUCUCAUUGUACUGAGUGGAUCUGCUUGGGACAAAACAUUGUAUUGGGUAGUGGAUACAAAAAAGAACAAUUUACUUGAGGACAUGGUUGAAAAUAGCAUUUUGGUGUGGGUUUUUGUUAACUUUUGGUUCACAUUUCAUACUCUCCAGUGUCCUGGUUUUUGUUAACGUUUGCUUCACAUUUCAUACUCUCCAGUGUCCUGGUUUUUGUUAACAUUUGGUUCACAUUUCAUACUCACCAGUGUCCUGGUUUUUGUUAACGUUUGGUUCACAUUUCAUACUCUCCAGUGUCCUGGUUUUUGUUAACAUUUGGUUCCCUUUUCGUGCUCUCCAGUGUCCUGGUAUUGCUCUUGCCGGUCACCAACUUUGAUACUUGUCUGCCCCCGUGAGUCAUGUUAUUCUUGAGUUGUUUUCACCUCAGUCAUUUGUGGUUGCAAAACCAUCAGCCGUCUGCAUAUGUCAUGGAAAAAGAGUGGGUGAUACCAUGGCUGUGGUUAAGAUACAAUGUAGGCCAAUUGUGUCUACCAGUCACAUUAAAUCUUUAAGUAAAUGUAGGCCUAUUGUGUGUACCAGUCACAUUUAAUCACUAUGGAAAUGUAGGCCUACUGUGUGUACCGGUCACAUUUAAUCACUAUGGAAAUGUAGGCCUAUUGUGUGUACCGGUCACAUUUAAUCACUAUGGAAAUGUAGGCCUAUUGUGUGUACCAGUCACAUUUAAUCACUAUGGAAAUGUAGGCCUAUUGUGUGUACCAGUCACAUUUAAUCACUAUGGAAAUGUAGGCCUAUUGUGUGUACCAGUCACAUUUAAUCACUAUGGAAAUGUAGGCCUAUUGUGUGUACCAGUCACAUUUAAUCACUAUGGAAAUGUAGGCCUGCACAUACUCAGAAUUUCACAUAUUGUAAUGGUGUUGCUAGUGGUCAACAGAAUACACAUUUGUCUAAACAAAGUUGACAUACAGUUAGUGAGCAUAUAAGAUAAUUGGAUAGGAGUGGCAUUAAGUAUAUAAUAUACGUACAUGGAUUUACAGUUUAGGUACACAUUAACAGCAUUAGUACAGUAUAUCUACUGGCAGUGAGAUGAGGAAAGCUUUGAGUGCAGUACGUUGCCACUGUAAUGUAGAUUAGUUUGGAGGUGGCUUGAUUUGGUGACUAUAAUCUGAUUAGUCUCUGAGGAGCAGAUGCUGAGGGUCAAACUAAAGUGAAAGGAGCAGUUUAAGUGGCUUGAUUUGCUUUUUGGUGAUGAUUGACUUGUACUACAUGUCUACCCUCUGCCUGCUAGAGGAUACUGUUGGGAACAGUGACCAGGAUAAGAGGGGUCAGCAUUGGUUUUGCCUGAUUGCUUCCUUGUCCCAGUUGCAUCUGACUUGCCAAUAUUAAGAAAGUAAAAUAUAAACAAAUUGAUGUGUUGCUGGUACUACCUUAACAUUUAUCCUCCUUCAUCAAAACCACUCUCUUUCAAACAUUAUUUUGUUAAUGUCAAAAGUCCCAGACUGCACCUUCACAUUUUUUAAAUAUUUGAUUAGUAAAAAAGGUUAGAAUCCGGUGUGCUGUAGGCUGUCUGUCUGCCAUAUAAUCUAAACCCAAAACUAACCUCUUUGGCUUCAUACAUGCUCUGCUCUGUUGUCUUUGUAUUCCAUUUAUUCAUUUAUAUUAUUCUCAAGGAGUAUUUUCUUUUUUUAUUUAUUCUUUUAAUAACUUUUUAACAACUAUUCUUCCUCAUACAUUUGUCUCAGUGUAGCAGUCAAUGAAAUGAAGUUUCUGCAAAAGCAGACACUUCAAAUCUUCAAAUAAUUAUUAUUUGGAUGCUACACAGUGCAUUCAUGGGGCCUGCUGAUUAGCCCCUGCAUAUAGUGCUUCAAUAUGACUAACAUUCUUCUUUCCUCUGUCUUUCUUAUUGUUUUCUCUUCCCCCUGUGCUCAACAGUUCUUGUCCAAUCACCCUGCUGCCUGAGCUAGCUUCAUAGACCUCUUGUGUCAAGCCUUUCUAUCUUUCCAAACUGCAAUUACUGGCACCUUGGUAACCUUCCUACAACCUGAGAGCUAAACAUUCUGCAUUGUCCCUGAAACGGAUACUUUUGGCUCAAGCGUCUCUUUCUUUGCCUCAACUUCAGACAUGAGGUUCAAAGAAAACAUAGAUUCCGUUGUCUUUUGGCCUGUUUAUCUGUUGAUGUGGCUCUAUACGCUCAUCACCUUUAUCCCGUGGUAUUUCCUCACUGGUGCCGGGAAGAAGAAAACCAUGGCCAAGAGAGAGAAAGCUCGAUCCACCACAGGCAAAGCCGAGGGGCCUUAUCGUUCUGUGGAGCACUUUGACGACCUGGCCCGGGAGGACUUUGAGGGAAAGGACACUCUAGACAAGCUGUUUGAUCAUGCAGUGCAUCGCUUCGGCAAGGCGGACUGCCUGGGCACCAGGGAGGUCCUGAAGGAGGAGAACGAGACUCAACCCAGCGGCAAGGUCUUUAAGAAGCUGAUCCUGGGGGAGUACAGGUGGCUCUCCUAUGAAGAGGUGGACCAGAUCAUCAACCAUUUAGGUAGCGGACUGGCAGCUUUGGGCCAGCAGCCUAAGAGGACCAUCGCCAUAUUCUGUGAGACGCGGGCCGAGUGGAUGAUCACCGCUCAGGCCUGCUUCAGACGCAACUUUCCAUUGGUCACUCUGUAUGCCACCCUGGGGGAGGAGGCAGUGGCCUAUGGGCUGAAUGAGUGUGGGGCCAGUCACCUGAUCACCAGCACAGAGCUCCUGGAGACUAAACUCAAGUGUGUUUUGCCGGAAAUGCGUCACCUGAAGCAUAUUAUCUGCGUGGACAACAAGACCCUCAUCAAGACAGGCUACCCAGAGGGAAUUCAGAUCCACAGCAUGAAUGCAGUACAGGAGCUGGGAGCCAAACCGGACAACUUGUGUGCUCCGUGGAAGCGUCCCCAGCCUACGGACCUGGCAGUGGUCAUGUACACCAGCGGCUCCACUGGACGACCCAAAGGAGUCAUGAUUGUCCACAGCAACCUGAUCGCUGGCAUGACGGGCCAGUGUGAGAGGAUCCCAGGGCUUGGGUCAAAGGACACUUACAUUGGCUACCUGCCCCUAGCUCAUGUACUGGAGAUGACUGCUGAGAUCUCAUGUAUGACGUACGGCUGCAGAAUUGGCUACUCAUCCCCACAAACACUCUCUGACCAGUCUACAAAAAUCAAGAAAGGCAGUAAAGGAGACUGCUCGGUGUUGAGGCCUACUCUGAUGGCAGCUGUACCGGAAAUAAUGGACCGCAUCUACAAGAAUGUAAUGAAUAAGGUGCAGGAGAUGAACUAUGUGCAAAGGACUCUCUUUAAACUGGGUUACAACUACAAACUGGAACAAAUCAAAAUGGGCUACGAUGCUCCACUCUGCAACAUGCUGCUGUUUAAGAAGGUGAAGGCUUUGCUGGGAGGGAACAUUAGGAUGAUGCUGUCAGGAGGGGCGCCCCUCUCCCCAGCCACGCAGCGCUUCAUGAACAUCUGCUUCUGUUGUCCUGUGGGACAGGGCUAUGGCCUGACGGAGACCUGCGGAGCGGGCACCAUCACAGAGGUGGCAGACUACAGCACUGGGAGAGUAGGAGCCCCUCUCAUCUGCUGUGAGAUCAAACUACGAGACUGGGUUGAGGGUGGAUAUACCAGCCAGGACCAGCCCCACCCCCGUGGAGAGAUCAUGAUUGGUGGGCCCAGUGUUACCAUGGGUUACUAUCAGAGUGAGCAUCUGAACGAUGACUUCUGGGUAGAUGAGCAGGGCCAGAGGUGGUUCUGCACUGGGGAUGUGGGGGAGAUCCACCCUGAUGGCUGUCUGCAGAUAGUGGACCGUAAGAAGGACCUGGUCAAAUUGCAGGCUGGAGAAUACGUGUCCUUGGGGAAAGUGGAGUCUGCUCUUAAAAACUGCACCCUUAUUGACAACAUCUGUGCAUAUGCAAACAGUGACCAGAACUAUGUUAUAAGCUUUGUGGUACCGAACCAGAAGCAGCUUACAUCUUUGGCCAGUAAGAACGGCAUCAAUGUUUCCUGGGAGGAGAUCUGUAAUCACCCUGCCAUGGAGAAAGAGGUCCUGAAAGCCAUCAAAGAUUUGGCCUCCUCAAUCAAACUGCAGCGUUUUGAGAUCCCAGUGAAAGUGCAUCUGAGCCCAGAGCCCUGGACCCCUGAGACUGGCCUGGUCACGGAUGCAUUCAAACUGAAGCGCAAGGAGCUGAAGAACCACUUCCAGACAGAUAUCGAGAGAAUGUAUGGAGGGAAGUAGAGCCACAAGUCACAAUACUCAACAUUUUCCCUUCAACUCUCACUGGUGAUUUGGGCAUGUGUUUGUGUGUAUGCUUGUGGAUGUGUGCAUAUUUAUUUGUCUUAUUUGCCAUUUAUUUUACCAUUUACCAGACUAACCUGGUAGUCUAAACCUGUCCAAAAAUGACAACUAAGGAUCUGUCAUUCAUAACUUUAAAAUUGAAGCACCACAUAACAGCAUCUUGGUUUUGAGGAGUUCUAACUAGGGGUUAAAAUGUUAACAGACAGCUACAUAAUUUUACACAACGGAGUUUACUUUAGCUUUCCAAUUGUUAAUAAUAAAAAAUACCUUAUUUCAGUAGAAAAUAUCCUGUUGUUUUACGUCCCUUUGUUGCUACAUCCAAGAAGAGUACAGGCCUUAGGCAGUAGAAAGGAGACACUUCAUCUUAAGCACUGUAGUUGAGACAGUGAACAGGUGUGAGGCACUGUAAAGAACACACUGUACGGAUGUUAGGCACUGUAAAAGAGGCCUUCUACAGGUCAUAGGUAAUGGAAAGGACAGUGAACAGGUGUGAGGCACUGUAAAGAACACACUGUACGGAUGUUAGGCACUGUAAAAGAGGCCUUCUACAGGUCAUAGGUAAUGGAAAGGACAGUGAACAGGUGUGAGGCACUGUAAAGAACACACUGUACGGAUGUUAGGCACUGUAAAAGAGGCCUUCUACAGGUCAUAGGUAAUGGAAAGGACAGUGAACAGGUGUGAGGCACUGUAAAGAACACACUGUACGGAUGUUAGGCACUGUAAAAGAGGCCUUCUACAGGUCAUAGGUAAUGGAAAGGAGACUGUACAAGACUUAUGCACUGUCGAGCUGACUAGCAUUUCCCACAUUUUGAACUUAAGUAUUAAUAGUGUGUGGACCAGGGCUAUUCAGCUGUUACCCAGCAGCUACUGCACCUCCCACCACAUGGCUUGGUCAUAACAAGACUAAAGAACCAGUUGCUGAGGAUGCCACUUUUCUUUGACCUAUUUUUAUUUAAACUGAAACUCCCAAAGAUUCUGCAAAUGUCUUUACAUAAACAUUUUUGUGAAUGAUAAAAACUACAUUUUUACCUGUAAAUCUGUCCAUACAAAAUGUGCAUGCUAACCAUUUUGAGCUCAAUUAAUUUAGCAGGUUCAAGCAUGUGGACCUUGAUUUUUAUUUAUUUUUUCCAAAGUAGCGUGAAUGUUUAGAGGAGAUAAUGUAAACUGUAGCAUUGCCUACUUGUGUAUGUUGUGGUUGUCGGGUAUGUAAAAUAUCUUAUCACAUUUGGUACUCGAGGACUGGAGACACUGGAGGCACGGGCACAGCUUCGUGCAAAACUGCCAUUUAAAUGCAAGUCUAAUGUUUGCAUAUUGUAAUUUGCCUUUGAAAUAUAUUAUGUAAAUACUAUUUUGUGUCCGUGUUGAGGGGUAUACAUGUCAUAAUGUCUUGUGAAAUGUCCAUAGUCUAUUUGAUGAAUUCCCGGUAACUGUAACACUGGUAGUUGGAUGCAAAGAAAAUGUUUUGCUGCCCCCUAGUGAUCCGGCCGCUGCUGUGUAUACGCUGAAGUGCAUACACUGAAGUCGAUGAGCAGAUUAUUAUCCAGAGAAACUCACAGUAGAGCCACACAAAAGCUGUUGUGCCCCCACAUGUUAUCAGGCUGAACAUGGAUCAAUCCAGAGUCUAAUUACAGUUUUUAUCUUUUGAACCUGUUCAUAGUGACACAACCCAACCAUUGUCACAUGUUUUAGAAAGUUUGAGGACUGUCUUUUGUAUUUUGUUUUCUAUGCAAACAUGCAUAAUGGUCUUUCAGGUUUUUUGUUUCCUGCUUGAUGUGUUUCAUACAACUCUGUUGUAUAUUGUACAAUAUUCAGAUCUGUUAGCUCUCCAGGAACGUUAUUGGCACCCUGACUUAAUGUGAUGUUUUAGUUGUAUUUAUAAUGUACUGGUUCGACAUUUGGAUCUGCCAACUUAAUUGUCUCUAUGCUCUUAAAUAAUUUGAUAUUUUCUCACACAAAUGUUAUGAAAUAUUCUAUGUAAUUUAAUGCAGCUUUUUUAUGAUAGUGUAAAAAAUUCAAGUGAAUGGUAUGUGUAAAUAACUUGAAUGUAAAGAUUUUUUAUGGAUGUACCUUUGUACAUUGAGGUCAAGUUAAAUGUUGAGCUAUUUGAUGUUUUUAGAUGAAUUUGAUAUUUUUGAACUGUCUAAUGGUCACAGUUGUGCUUCUUUAAAUGUUGCGUGGAACCUAAAUGAAAAUGCUGUACUUCAGUGAGUUUGAUUCAGCCGCUAGUCGGUUACAGACUUUUGAAGCUGUUUAAAAUGUGGCAUAUAGUGCAGCAAGAGGGAAUUCAACAAUUGAACAAUUUAUAUUCCAGGUAAGGCUGUCUGUUAACUCAAAAGAUUAUCUCAAAGUGAACAGUAAUAAAACAUUCAUUAAAACAAUUUUACAAGAACAAAAACAAUUAUAAGACUGUGCUGUGAAUAAAAAACAUAAGUAAAAUGAGGUUAAUUGAGAACACACUAUUUAACCAGCUCAAUGUGAUUUUGUCCACCGUAAAGAUGAAGCACCGGUCUAGGACUAAACAAAAAACUCAAUGGAGUUUUCUAUUGAACUCGAUUUUUUUAGACUAGGCUUAGUCCAUGUCUGUGAAACCGGCCCUAUAUGUUUGGGUUGUUAAUGGUGCAUUUAACACUUUUUCAGACAAUGCACAUAAUUAUUUUUAGUAAUAAUGUACACUAAAAUGACAAAAAGAUAAUUUGAGUUAAAUGAUUAACUCUUGACAGCCCUAAUUCCAGGAUACUUUGUAUUGAUAAUACAAUUGAACUAUUUUGCACAUCUUUAAUGGCCAACAAAGACACUUCCAAUUUGACAUGAUAUAACUUGAAUCAAUUCAAUCUAAUUCAGUGAGUCCUACUACAUUCCAAUUCCUGUGAGAAAGGUCAGGGCCACUCCAUGUUUUAUUUUUUAUACUCAGGGUAAACUAUACAUCCCCCAAGAAUGUGUCUGCAGUAUAAAUUAUUUAUUACAUUGUUCAUUGUGAAAGAUUUAUAAUGGUUUAUAUUGAAGAGAAGUUUUGUCAGCUCAUUUGUAUUAUUUAUUCAAAUCUGAUCAUAUGUGUAUGAAAUAUGUGAUACUGUAAGGGCAGUGUGUAUUUAUGGUUAUUUAAUUUGCUCUACAUAUUAUUUUACUUUAUUAAAACUUCUUGC